CACAGUAGCCGCGUACGUUUAAAGUAUCGUUGGUAGCAGUUCGUGUUUUAGUUCAUGUAAAGAAGGCGAUGCAGCAGAGCGCGCCACCGUAAUGGUCUCCACCACGUUAUAUGGGAGUUAUAGGGCCCUGGAGCCGCGGCUAAGGCCUGCACUGCGGAGUGUGAUUGCCGUUCAUUAUGGAGUUUACUUCAUUUGAUAAUUAUUCGUUUGAAAACAUCGCAACUACAAUGAGAAUAUGUGCAUAGCGCCAAAGGCCGGAAAAGGUUGGUUCUCAUUGUGAAAAAUCACAGUACUUUGGAGCGUAAGUGAAAAUGGGGGAGAAGACAUCAAAGUAUCUGCAGCAGCUCAAAGCCAUUCUCAUUAGGAACAUCCUCUUAAAGAAAAGGGAGAAGAGAAAGACUCUGGCGGAGAUUUUGGUUCCUUGCACUUUGCUAGCAUUGAUGAUAGUGAUAAAGCUGGCAGCUCCAACACCUCAUUACCCUGCCAUCACUGUCCCAAGGGAGGACACCAAGCUCGCAGACUAUUUCCUGCAAAACAUCUCAAUAGCUGUUGUUCCAAACACGACAGGGGUUCAGAUGUUCCUGAAUAAAAGCAAUGAAUUAUUGGAGGAGAUGAUGAAACAUGAUAUCCACCACCAGCCCAUUGAGUUUGUUUUUUAUGAGAGCGAAGAUGCUUUGCUCAAAGUGUAUUGGACUACUCCCUCCUCCAUCCAGCUGGCUGUGAUAUUUGAUAAUGAUGACCCCUGCUCCAAAGAAUUAAGCUAUGGCAUCCGCACAAAUCCUUCUCUGAAAGUACCGUCCACCCAAGAUCACUUAAGCUCGAAGAUCUCUUGUCGGUUGAAGACCAGUCAUUGGAAGGGAAUGUUCCCACUUGAAGCAGGAGACACCUGCCCAGUCAACCAAUACUUCCACUCGGGCUUCAUUGGCAUGCAGGCUCUGCUGGACUACACGAAGAUGAGGAUAGAGAAACCAGGAUAUUCAAUACAGAUACCAGAAUUUAGUCUGCAGUUGUUUCCUAAAGAGCCAUAUACUGCAGAUUGGUUGUAUAGCCUGCGUCUGCUUGUACCAUACUACAUGAUGGUGGCCUUUUCACAGUUUAUGUACUAUCUUCUACUUCUAAUUGUUGGUGAGAAAGAAAAGAAGAUAAUUGAAGGAAUGAAGAUCAUGGGAUUAAGGGAUUCUGUAUUUUGGCUCUCAUGGUUUAUUAUCUAUGGUCUAUUUGUGCUUGUUAUUGCUGUGGUGGCAAUUAUCUUAAUUGCAUCUCUGGAGGUGUUCAAGCACUCCAACUUGUUCCUCAUCUUCAUUCUCAUCUACCUCUUCAGCCUCACCAUCGUCAUGAUGGCCUUCAUGAUUGCCCCUUUCUUCAGCAAGGGCCGGACUGCUGGAGUGGUUGGAGGCUUUGCUGUUUAUGGCAUGGGAGCUUUGUAUUACCUACAGGUGUAUCUAGAAAACAUGGAUCCUGUUUAUCUCUGGCUGAUGUCUCUUAUAAGCACAACAGGGUUUGGAAUGGCAGUUGACAAGGCUCUGAUGUUGGAUAUUGCUGGUCAUGGUGUCCAUUUAAACAACUUGUGGUCUGGGCCUGGAAUGCCUUUUGGAGGAAGCAUUAUCAUGAUGCUUGUGGAUAUUAUUGGCUAUGGUUUACUUGCUUAUUAUCUUGAUUCAGUAAUUCCCAGUGAAUAUGGUGUGAAGCAGUAUCCCUGGUUCUGUUUUACGAAAAGCUAUUGGUGUCCUAAGAAAACAAUCAGAAGGAUCCCCACAUUAAAUGGUGAAUCAGGAUCUUUGAAUGCAAAUGAUGACAAUGCACAAGAUGUAGAACCUGUUACUCAUGAGAUGAAAGGAAGGGAAGCUAUCAGAAUUGUGGAUUUGGAGAAGACCUUCAGAAAAUGUUGCAGAAUGAAACAUGUUAAAGCUGUUGAUGGUAUCAAUUUAACCAUUUAUGAAGGUCAGAUAACAGCUAUUUUGGGUCAUAAUGGUGCUGGCAAGACUACAGUGUUUAAUAUGCUUACGGGUCUCACAUAUCCAACUUCAGGGACAGCUUAUACUUUUGGCUAUGACAUAAGGAGUCCGAGUGAUAUGUAUGCCAUUCGUAGUAUGACGGGCGUGUGUCCACAGCAAGAUAUUCUGUUUGAUGUACUGACACCCCAAGAACAUUUAGAAUUUUAUGCAGCUGUUAAGGGUGUUCCCCCUUCUUUGAUGAAGUAUGAAGUGACACGUAUGCUAGAUGAGGUUGGUCUCUCUGAUCAAGCAAAUACAUUUGCCAUGAAACUUAGUGGAGGUCAGAAGAGGAAGCUGUCUGUGGGUAUUGCAUUAAUAGGAGACCCAAAGAUUAUUAUUCUUGAUGAACCAACUGCUGGAGUAGAUCCUUAUUCUCGCCGUUACUUGUGGUCAUUGCUGCAGAAUCGAAGACAUGGAAAGGUAAUUUUGCUGACAACUCAUUUUAUGGAUGAAGCUGAUAUCCUUGCUGAUCGGAAGGCAAUUAUUUCUAAAGGUCGCUUGCGUUGUUGUGGUUCCUCCCUCUUCCUCAAGAAUAAGUUUGGCAUAGGUUAUCAUUUGACGAUGGUGCUUGAUGGUGUAGCAAGGGAGCAAGCUAUUGUACAAAUGGUGACCAGUCAUGUGACACAGGCAGAGAAGGCACGUCGGCAUGGGCGAGAGUUGUCCUUUAUUCUUCCUCACAAUGCUGUCAACCGCUUCCCCACUUUAUUUGAAGCCAUUGAACAAGAAAUUGCCUUGAAGACCUUGCGUCUUGGAAUUUGUAGUUACGGAGUGGCUAUGACUACUUUGGAAGAGGUUUUCCUGCAAUUAGAGUUGGAUGAGGAGGAAGGAGAAGAAUCAGACAAUACCAUUGACAAUAUUUCCAAGAAGAUGGUGCGAAACAGGGCCUUAAGUCGCUCUUUGUCCCUUCAGUCAAAAAGCACAUCAUAUCAAAGUCUGCAAAAUGAAGGUGCUGUUUUGACCCCAGGCAGCCUACCUGAUGGUAGCAUAAAGCCAGAGAGAGAAGCUCGAGGGACGACACAACAGAAUGUCAUAGGCAGUGGAGCUGCACCACCAGCACCGGGACAGCCAGAUGGUGUGCCCCUGGUAGUGAGUGCACAACAAGCUGUAAAGGGGUUGGCUCUUGAGCAGAUCACCUUGCAACCAAGUCCCUACCAAACAUUGGCAGCAUUAGUAAAAAUACGAGUUUUGCGCACCAUCCGGGACUGGCGAAAAGUAGCUGCACAGCUUCUAUUACCAUUUAUCAUCACAUGGGUGAUGAUGCAAUAUAUGGAUGAUUGGAAGAGGGCUACAGAAACUCUCCCAUCUCUUACUCUUAACUCUAGUGUUUAUGAAAGAAACGCUCACAUGCUAGUGCACAACGGAACAGGCUACAAUGUGGAUGGGCUUGUCAGCACAUUGCAGGCUGAGUCACCACUACCUCUGAUGAUGUAUGAUGGCAAUUUCUCAAGAUUGCUGAGCUUGCAGCCCCACAUGGCUGCCUUCAAUGUGAAUGCCUUGCAUGUGCCUCAGGUCAAUGUUACACUCAUAUACAAUGACACCAUGCAUCACUCUUUGCCUAUUGCAAUCAAUCUGUUCAGUAAUGCUUAUUACAGCAUGAUUCUUGAUGGCAGUAAUAUUCCCAGGAUUAAAGUGCGUUCACAUCCCUUUGAGAAGACAUCUCUGAAGCAGCUGCGUUCAUCUCCUGUGAUAAUUGCCUUUGGUAUGGCCUACGCCUUUGUCAUUUCUUGCAGCCUCUUUGUAACAGAUCUGGUAUAUGACAGAGAGAUCCAUGCAAAGAACCAACUCCGUGUCAAUGGUCUUACAUUUUCAAUGUACUUUGUGUCAUACUUUGUGGUGAUUGGCUCCCUCAUCUGCCUGAGCUUUGGUGGAUUUUUGCUAGCUCUUUGGCUACAUGGUGCAGAUAGCCUCCUCAAUACAGCAGCACUGUCUGUGCUGAUAGUCCUCUUCCUAUUUUGCAUUGUGGACCUAAUGCUUUUCAUCGCUUGUUGCACCUACAUUUUUGACAAAAUGGAGACUGCGCAAGGGUUCUUGGCAAAUGGCAUGUGUCCUGUUGGUUGUGUGCCCUUUGCUCUGGUUGUUAUUGUGGAUUAUUUGCUACAAAGUCCUUAUAGUGCAUAUUGUCUGCACUUCUUUUUUUCAUUCUUCUGCUCUCCAUACAUUCCCUUCAGUAUUAUAUACUAUGUAGAUAGUGUAUACUAUAUAUGCAAAGUUAACUCAUCAUGUCACCAUCCUGUACUGGCAUCUUACAUGACAGAUGAAAUUAUUGUUAUUUUAACAAGUUGUAUUCUGCACAUCCCCCUGUGGUAUUUACUGCUUGUCAUCUUGGAUGUACAUAGCACCGGAGGGAAAGCAAGUGAUGUAUUCCGCUGUCUUUUGCCAAAGUUGGUGAUCGAAAGCUCAGGGGAAGAGAACACAGAUGUGGAUGAGCAUGAAGAUGAUGAUGUGAGGACAGAAAGAGAAAAAGUUGCAGGCCUUCAGGUCACAAGUCCUCCAGAACCUCCUGUUGUUGUUGUUCGGAACUUGCGCAAGGAAUACAAGGUGGAUGCCACAGGGGAUGGAUGCAGCUCUGCUUGCUGUACACGGGAAUCAGAGACAGAAGAGAGCACCAAGGUGGUGGUGCGCAAUCUAUCCCUAUCAGUGGAAGCUGGUGAGGUGUUCGGGCUUUUGGGUCACAAUGGCGCAGGCAAGACCACAACCAUGAAGAUCUUAAUUGCAGAGGAGGCUGCUACAAAAGGCAAAGUACAAAUUGCUGGCCACACUGUGACUUCAAGUUUGGGAAAAGCCUUCAUGGUGCUUGGUUAUUGCCCACAAUUUGAUGCACAAUGGAAAGAUAUUACUAUUCGAGAGCACUUGGAAUGUUACUGUGCCAUUCGUGGAGUAUCCAGGAAAGACAUUCCAAGGGUGGUGGAAAGCUAUUUGGGAGGGCUGCAGAUCCAGGAACAUGCUGGCAAACUCACUCAGCACUGCUCUGGUGGCACACGACGGAAACUGAGCUUUGCCAUGGCCAUGGCUGGGGAUCCUCGCAUUGUCCUUUUGGAUGAGCCCAGCACAGGAAUGGAUCCCAGAUCCAAAAGGUUCUUGUGGGACACCAUCUUAGCAAGCUUUCAGGGCACUCGUGGUGCUAUACUUACAACACAUUCCAUGGAGGAAGCAGAUGCCCUUUGCUCAAGAGUAGCAAUAAUGGUUGGUGGCAGUUUGAGAUGCAUUGGAUCUACUCAACAUUUAAAGAAUAGAUAUGGUGCUGGUUAUCGUUUAGAGAUGAAGCUGAAAGGGGGAGAUCGUACACCCACCACCCCUUCAUCUGAUCAUUCAAAAGACCUUAAAGAGUUUGUAAAACACCAGUUCAAGAAUUCUAGUUUAGAUGAAAGCUUUGCUGACCGAUUGGUAUUUAGUGUCCCUCAGAGUUCUGUCACAUCGCUGGCCCAGUGCUUCAAGCAACUGGAGAAAGCCAAAAUGGAUCUAGAUAUUGAAGAGUAUAGCUUCAGUCAAACAACAUUGGAACAAGUGUUUUUAAAAUUUGCACAUUGAGAAACUGAAUGCGAAGUAUCUAUCCAGGAAUUAUUUUCUGCACAAAUCUGAAUGAAUGUAUCUGUCAGAGAUGUUGUGUUUAAUGAGUGGUUUUAAUAAGAACUAAUGAGUUGUUCAAUACAUUUAUGUAGUAGGUGACAUUAGUACGGUUGCUUGUAAAACAGUAUGAGGUUGAAUACAUUUGAAUGUGCUGGAACUGACUAAGUACAAUCAACUGUUAACAUUAUAGGGCCUGUCAACAUGUGAUUAGUACGUAUUUUGUCAACAAUCACUUGAUUUAUAUUAUACUAAUGGAGACCGUUUCAGGAACAACUUACUACAAUUAGUGCUGUGCGCCUUUGUAUGAUUUAAACUAGACGCAGAGGGCAGUGUUACAGAAUUUUUCUUGUUAACAAAAAAAUUACAUUCUCUUGUUAAAAGGAGACCUAUUAUUAUGUGGUAACACUAAUAUAAAAUUUAUUAGUAACAACCAGGUUAUUCUAGUCUUAGUAUAAAGAAGUAACUAAAAAUGGGACACUUGAUUGAGUCCUGAGUUUAAGUUGAAAUGCUGUAUAUUUGUAUUUCACUCAAAUCUGGUGGCCUUUAUAGGUAAUAUUAGGACAGUUUAUUAAUUAAAGUGUGAAUAGAAAAGGAUAUUUGCUCUAUGUAUUUGUAAUAAACUCAAUAGAAACGGGGAAGUGAGGUACAGUGUUUUGUGAAGUAUUUUGUGUCUUGUGUGUGUUUCCAUUUAAUAAGUUUUUGAGAAAGUUUGUUAUGAGUGGAGAGAGCACUGUAUGUUAGAUAUUAAUCUCUAGAAAGGUGGUUCUCAACUUCGUAGCUGAGGGUGCUUGAUGUGCCUCAUAAAACAUUUUACAGAAACUUCAACAAUCUGUUAUGAAAAAAUUCCUGUCAAUUUUGUGGAAUUAAAAGAUGUUAAAUUCUUGCUAUUUACAAAAUUGAAUUCACUUUAAAAACCUGAUCUAGUUUUUCACUGAGACUCUUUUGAUCUUAAAAUAUGCUACAAAAAUUGAUUCUCGCAGUUAUGGCUUAUAUCUUCACCCUACAGCUUUUGUAUCUUGGUUUGUUGAAUUUAUUUCAAAUGAGUCUUCAAAAAAUAUUUCUUUCUCUUAAAAUGUUGCAUAUUUAGGUACACUUGAUGAGUUUAAUCUACCUCUUGUCUCAAUUGCACUUUGUUGGUUUGAUCUUUUUCAUUAAAAUUGAGGCAAAUUGUGUUGGGAACCACUGAUCAACUUCCUACCAGGGAAUUGUCUAGUGUUAGGGAUUGUUACAUGUAAAAGAUUUAUGGAAAGGCUUGUUAAUAAAAUAUUUUGUGCAAUUGUUAUUUAGUAAAGUUAUUCAAAAUCAAAUUAUAUUGACAGGUGAAAUGUUUCAGUUAAUGUAAUUUGGAAUUAUGGAAUUGGAUGUAAAGCAAAAGUUAUUUAAUAUUUAUUUUAUUUUUACUGUUUUUUUUGCCUAGUGUGUCAUUACAGCUUCAGAUCAUUUCAAAAUUGUAAGUUUUUAAGUUAAUAUUCCCAUUUUUACUUUGAAUAAGAAUGUUUUAGAACUUUAAUAGUAUUCUCAUUCCAAAAGUUUUGGGAAUUCUGACCUAAUAGAAAAUAAUGAAUUACUCAAUCUUCUUUGUAUAUUUAUUUAUAUAUUAUAUAAAAACAUGUAUAAAAAUUAGUCAAUAAUAAUCUUUACAUUUUCAAAAUGUUCUAAGCAUUCUAAUGCAAUUCUGACAUUCUAGUCCAUAUCAACCAAUUUACCAUGUACAUGAUUCAAAUAUUUUAAUUCUUACUUAAUUUCACUUACAUUCUACUCUAUGAGGAAUUGAAUCUGUCUUUUCUAAAGAUUGAAAGGUGUGUAAAUUUUUCCAAUAUAUGAUAUGUUAUAUUUGUAAUUAAUGUCAGAUUUAUAAUUAUACUAAAAACUGUAUUUGCUACUGUCGUACUUCUGUGAAUGGUUAAUUGUUAUUGCUCAUAGAAUUGUUGAUCCUCAAGAUAUUUAUUUUUGAGAAACUGACCAACUGUAAAAGGGAUAAGUAAGUUCUGAUCAAAUUUACUGAUGUUGGUCUGAAAAGUAUAAUUAAUAUUAAUUUUAAUUUAAUUUCACAUUGGAAAACAAACAUUAUUAAUUGUUGGUCUAUUGUGUACUAAGGUAGAAUGUCUCAGUUCAACAGUGUUCAAUCAUUUGUACAAUUAGCCUUGUAACUAUUUCAAAAUUUCUUAGAUUUUACUAGUGAAUUUGGGGCAUUUUAGUUGUAGUAAUGAUUUAGAUAGCAAAGAUGUCCAUAUUUUAUUGUAUUUGUGAGCAACUAUUUGGUUUAGUUUCAAUUUUCUGGAAUAUCCUAGAAAUCUUAUUUAAUCCUAUUCCAAGCAGAAUUUCUGAAUUGGAAACUCAAACCUAUCUUGCAUUUAUUAUUUUCAAGAUCCAUAUCUAUGUUUAUCAGUAAAAUCAGUUAACCAUUUCAUUAACAAUGUAAAGAAAAGUGUACUAGCUUCAAUUGUAUAAAUAGUUUGAAAAAGGGUUAUUUAAGAAAAAGUAAAAUUUAAUUUCAAUUAAAUAUUACUGUACCUAACAAGAAUGAAUUCACACAUAUUUUUAAAAAAUUAACGCUGAAUGGCUCAUUGGGUUCCUCAGUGCACCUCAUUACAAAUAACAAAUAAUUACAUAUAAUUCAAAUUUACAGAACUACAAUGUAAAGUAUAUUGAAGAAAAAAUAGAAAAAGAUGAAGAAACCUCGUUCAAUAACUCUCUUUGAAAUAAAAUCUUUUUUACUUUUGUCUUAUUUUUAAUCUUGAAAAACUUUUUUUUUUCCAGCCUGAAAGAAAAAUUUGAAAGUUCAGUGUUUGUAAAAGACUGUCUUAUGUGUACAAACAAACAAUUUAUUAAUUAUAUUGGUGUACAAAGUCAAUUUAAAUCAAUAUCAAUAUUUUGUAACUAAUUUUUCUUUUUAUUCUAUUUUGGUUUUUCAUUCUGCUUUGUAUUCACUGAAGAUGCUUAGUAGUACAGAGUUUUUAUAUCAAUUGCAUAGUCCCAACUCCCAAUUUUUUGUUGUUUGACUCAUUCUGUUGUGUGGAUAAGCCAAAACUCAACAUUUUCAGUAGCAAUUUUCAGAAUAUUGCGUUAUGUGUAUGAAGUAUUCAUGAAAAAGCAAAGAAUAUGGUAUGAAUUUUCUUUUUUCUCUGUCUUUCUUCAUCUUUGUUUUAAGUAUGAAAUAUGCAAUUUUAAGGAUGCACUGGCUUUGUUAAAUUAUUUUCAAGUUAAAAAAUCUCAGUUAUUAAAGACAGUUUUUAAUGUUGCAAAUUACAUUAUUUAAACAGAUUACUCAAUGAGUUUUGAUAACAUAAGUUCGGUUACUGUGCUCAGGCCAUGUAAUGUACAUCAGCAUACUAAAAGUGUUUGUUUGUUGUGUUGGGUGGUCUUUUUCUUUUUUUCCCCCAUUCACAAAAUCAUAAAAUAGAGAAAUAAAAUAGUUACAUGUAUUAAAAAAGAUAUAAAACUAUAAAAUGACUUACUAUUUUCUUUGGAAAACCCUCAGUCGGUAUUUAAAGAAUAAUUUGUUAUGGUUUAUCCACAUCUUCCAAUCUAGAACAAAGAAAAAUUUCACAGUAUAUUGAAUUUAAAAUGUGCAGUUGGUAUGGACUGAGACUAUCUUUACCCGGAAAUAAUGUAAUAAGUAAUGAAAUAGUUCAGUAGAACUUUUAAUUAAAACAGAAUUAAAUCAUCAGAUGUCCUGACAUUAAAAGAAAAAAAUUGUGUAAGGGUAGGCUUUGUUUGAAGCUAAAAGUGGCACACUACUUACAUCUUAUAUAGGGAAUAUUAUAUACAGUUAUAUUUUCAACUUUUGUUAAGUCACUUUUUUAUUCCUGUCUUUCUCUUAGAGAGAGAUAGCAUCAAAUUUUUUUGUUAUUGGGUGAUUGGAAUCACAAAUCACAAAGUUAAUUUUGCGUUAAAUAAUUUGCAAAUUGUCGUGUCAAGAUUUCCAAUAAUAUUUGAGUGCACUGAUGUCAGUAGAUUUAUUUAUUAUAUUGUUACAUUACAUUUUCCUGAAAUAUCACUUUAGAGUUUACUGUAAGUCAGCACCUGCAAGUACUCCUCAGUGUUAAAAAGACUUACUACUUCAGUGGCUCUCAACCAGAACGUUGUCAUGAUACACUGGAAAGUUGCAAAAUAAUUUUAAAUGAUCCUUCUCAGGUGCUAAAGUCUCGAAUUCAUUGCCAAAAUGUUACUGAGUAAUUUUCUUUUUCAUUACACAAUCACGUUUUGCUCUUGAUCUGUACAUGUGUAAGUAUGUACACGUGUUCAAAUGAAUUUCAGGGUAAUCUGAAUCUCUGUGUGUGGUAAGAAUUGCAUAGCUUACUCCAAUUUUUCGGGUUUAUAUAUAUAUAUAGCCCAAAGAAUGGAUAUUUAACCUCUGGGAUGUGGAAUUCCAAACAACAGGAAAGUGUGUCACAAACUGCGAAGUGUUGAGAUCCACUGUACUAUUUCAUUAUGCAAUAAGUAAAGUUAACUGUAGUGUAAGUGAAUUGAAAUCACAUGCAGUGAACCAUAUUUUGCAAUUUAUAUAUCAGCAGGUCUGGUAUAAAUGCAUUUCGUAAAGCCAUUGAUUUUUCUGUAAUUGUAAAUAAACUCAUAUAUCACUGGAUAUGAAACUGUAUUUCCAGACAUGAUGAUAUAAAUAAACAUUUUUAUACAAAUAAAAUGUAUAUGUUCAGCGCAUCAGGUAAGAAUCUGUGUUGAUGCUGGUACAUUAACCAAGUUUGCUCUACAGGGUUUGAUAACAGAAUGGAGAUUGCUGUGUGUUCUUAUUUCAUGCAAAGUUAUUUUGUUGUUGAGGAAUAUUAUGAAGUUUAAUUUAGCAUACAAUCUCAAAAUUUCUGUUUUUGAAAAGUUGUAAUAGAGAAAGUGUAAAAAUGUUUUGUGAAAACAGUAUAUUCUCCACUUGAUGAUUUACAUGAAGAGAAUUUUAAUAAAAUAAUUCUUUAUGUUCAUGGAACCUCAACUCAUUUUCAAUACCCUCGUUAUGAAAUAAGUUCAUGCUUCUGGAGUCAAAAUCUAUGUGUGAUUUGUUUGUUUUGUUUAUAGUUGUUUGGUUAAUAUUGUGAUUAUUGAUUUAUAUUUUUGGAAAAAGAGGUAGAGAAAUUCAGGAAUGACAACUUCAGUUUAAGGAAUAGUGUCUUAAUAAGAAUUGGGACUCCAAGAGCUGCAUAUCUUUACAGAACCUGCUCAUUGGAUAGUCUUAUUAGUAAGAGUUAGUAUCUGUGAAAGAAAUCUCUCCUACAUUUCUUUCUCUUAUUCAACACUUUGUAAACUUUGAAACAAUAAAAUGUGUUUUGUUGAGAU